AUGGCUCAGCGUUAUUAUUUACUAAAUGGUUAUAAUGAUGUUAAUCUCCGGCGCACAUACAUUGCCUCUCUCCCAGAGGCACUACAACCUGAGCUCCACAGAAGCAUUGCUGCAACCAGAAGAGCAAUGAAUACCAUUACCAUCGGAGAAAUCCACCAGAUGACGCUGGCUUGUCUAGAUAAAAUAUGCGAACAACAGAAGUUAUUUAAAGACAUCAUUGACAACAGCAAAGCCUUGAAGAAUGUCUGCCAGAAGUCCCACCUUGCCAUCAAAUGCAAGGAAAAGAAUUGUGAAUGCAAGCCAAAGAAAAAAGGAUAUUACAAGAAACAUUCUUCUGGGUUCAAACCCCCUUUCAAGCAGAAAAGGGGAAGAAGAUCAGUCAAAUACUUUCGAAAGAGAAGAACAGGUACAAAGAAAUCUGAUAGGUGCUACAUCUGUGGCAAUCGAGGUCACUAUGCCAAGAACUGCCCUAAGAACCCCAAUAAGGCAGUUAAGCUUUUACAACAUAUACAGCAGGCUUCUCACAUCUCCCUGGAGCAUGAUGAUGUUGAAUCCCUGUUAUCUGAACAAGAUGAACUAGAUGAAGAUACAGUCUUUGCCCUCGGAGACGAUACUAGUUCAGAACAAGACCACUCUUUCUCUUUAGGAGAAUCAGGUUCAGAUACUGAAGCCCAUUACCCAUCUUAA